CCCCCCUUCUUCAAAGCCCUCCGGACCCCAAAUCUUCUCCAUGUUCUUUUAACGGCUUUUUCUCAGAACAGGAAGCGGCAAAGCGAAGUGAAGUCGGAAGGAGCACCGAACUAGCCGCGUGGGGGCUGUUCUUGUUGAUAUUUUCCCUCUUUGGCCUGGUAUCCCCAGUAAACCAGGAAAAUUGCUUGGUGUAGCUGCAUCGGAGAGAAGGCUCGGGAGGAGGUGAAACUGCGGGAUAUGAUGACUGAGAAAGAAACCGUGACCGAGAAGAUAAUCUCAGAUGCGAUGGCUAAUCCUUCUCCAGCAAAGAGCAUGGGUGACCCUGGAAUCACCCCGCUAUCUCCUUCACACACUCAGCAGAAUGACACAGACCAGGUACCGUCAGAGCCGCCCUUUGUGGUGGUCGUUGCCAUUGAUUUUGGCACCACGUCCAGCGGUUAUGCUUACGCCUUCACUAAGGAGCCAGAGUGCAUUCACACUAUGAGGCGUUGGGAAGGCGGGGACCCUGGUGUGUCCAAUCAGAAGACUCCAACCACGAUCCUGCUGACUCCAGACAGGAAGUUCCACAGCUUUGGCUAUGCGGCACGUGACUUCUACCAUGACCUCGACCCCAGCGAGUCCAAACAGUGGCUCUACCUGGAAAAAUUCAAAAUGAAGCUCCACACCACUGCAAAUCUGUCCAUUGACACAGACCUUCAUGCAGCCAACGGGAAGCGAGUGAAAGCUCUGGACAUCUUUGCUUAUGCACUGGCCUUCUUUAAGGAGCAAGCACUGAAGGAGCUGAGUGAUCAGACAGGCGGCGAGUUCGACAACAAUGAUGUGAGAUGGGUGAUUACUGUUCCUGCCAUCUGGAAAAUGCCUGCAAAGCAGUUCAUGAGGGAAGCUGCCUAUAAGUCAGCUCUGGUGUCCCGGGACAACCCAGAGCAGCUGAUCAUCUCCUUAGAACCGGAGGCAGCAUCAAUCUAUUGCCGCAAGCUCCGCCUCCACCAGAUGGUGGACCUGGGCACCCAGACCACCCAGAACGGCUUCAGCCCCACUGACAACCUGGGCAGCGGAAUGACUCAAGCUAAGGAGCAUGUUCGGCGAAACCGGCAGAGCCGCACCUUUUUGGUGGAAAAUGUCAUAGGGGAGCUUUGGUCGGAGCUGGAAGAAGGUGACCGUUAUGUGGUGGUAGACUGUGGUGGAGGAACAGUAGACCUGACUGUCCAUCAGAUCCGUCUUCCAGAGGGACAUCUAAAGGAGCUCUACAAGGCUUCAGGUGGUCCUUAUGGCUCUCUUGGGAUAGACUACGAAUUUGAGAAGCUGCUGUGUAAGAUCUUUGGCCAGGAUUUCAUCGACCAAUUCAAGAUCAAGAGGCCGGCCGCCUGGGUGGACCUGAUGAUUGCGUUUGAGUCUCGGAAGAGGGCAGCAGCCCCUGACAGAACCAACCCCCUCAAUAUUAACUUGCCCUUUUCCUUCAUCGACUACUACAAGAAGUUCAGGGGCCACAGUGUGGAACACGCCCUGCGCAAAAGCAAUGUGGAUUUUGUUAAAUGGUCAUCUCAGGGGAUGCUGAGGAUGAGUCCAGAUGCUAUGAAUUCCCUCUUCAAGCCCACCAUAGACCACAUCAUCCAGCAUCUCACUGAGCUGUUCGAGAAGCCGGAGGUGAGCGACAUUAAGUUCCUGUUCUUAGUGGGAGGUUUUGCUGAAUCUCCCCUGCUGCAGCAGGCUGUCCAGAAUAUGCUCCAGGGCCGUAGCCGCAUCAUCAUACCCCAUGAUGUUGGCCUGACCAUUCUGAAAGGUGCUGUGCUGUUCGGCCUGGACCCCAGCAUCAUUAAAGUCCGCCGCUCGCCCCUCACAUACGGGGUGGGUGUCCUCAAUCGCUUCGUGGAGGGCAAGCACCCUCCAGAGAAGCUGCUGGUGAAGGACGGCACACGCUGGUGCACCGACGUGUUUGACACCUUCAUUGCCGCCGACCAGUCUGUGGCACUGGGUGAGAUGGUGAAGCGGAGCUACACACCAGCUAAGCCCUCCCAGCAGGUUAUCGUCAUCCACGUCUACUGCUCCGAGAAGGAGAGCGCGGGCUUCAUCAGCGAACCCGGCGUCAGGAAGUGUGGGACACUUCGCUUGGAUGUGAGCGGGACAGAAAGCACAGCACCACGACGCGAGAUCCAGACGCUCAUGCAGUUUGGUGACACUGAGAUCCGGGCCAUGGCAGUGGAUGUGUCCACCGGGCGCACUGUUAAAGCUAGCAUUGACUUCCUCAGCCAUUAAGAAGGGAAUGAGAGAUCUAAUGUUAGAAAAUAGUCCUAAGCAAUGGAGAUGGAAACAUACAGCUUACACACAUACACACACACACACACAUACAACAAGCUGGGGAUAUUUACUGGAAAGUGGUUAAUGCUAAUGAAUCCCAAGGCUCGGUCGCUCUCUGUUUAAGUGUGGGUGGAAGACAGUUUGAAUAAAAAUGAUAAGCUUCUCCUCAAACCCAGGCUGACAUUCAAUUGUAGAAUAAAUGUUACUACAAGGAAAAAGACAGUCUGGAUGAGUUCAGUGUGUUCUAGGUCCGUCACUUCACUCCGCCCCUGUUCUUUUUGAGGAGCUCCGUAGUGUUCACACACUCAUAACAAACCCAUCUACCCGGUGCUGAGGCGACAGCUUUGUCGAGGCAGGUUUAAGAGCUCCUGACAGGAACGGUAAAAGCUUAUCCACCGCUGAUGUUUGAUCACUUCUCAGCCUUGAUCAAUGCAUCUCUACACGCUUCACUUUCUUUAAUGUUUUCUGUUAGAUUACAAAAGGUCAUUGCAUAUGUGUGCACUACAAAACAUUUUGUGUGAUAAAAGUAUAAAAAAGGUCAUAAUGCCAUGUCAUCAAGCUUUGUUGGAAGGUCUUAAUACUGUUCAUGCUGAAAACGUAGAUCAGCUCCAUCUCAGUACACUUCUGAGGCCCGAGGCACUUCUUGCACGAUUCAGCCCUUAAACAUAAUAUAAACUAUUAACAUGUCACACUGCUGCCGGCUGUUUUCCAAAGCAUACCGUUUUAUUUUAGACUGAUUUUCUACUGUCAGAAAGCUAUUAUUAACAGUAAUGCACUGCAGUGAGCGUGCAUUCAUCUUAGUUUUAAGUUAUGUAAUCAUUGCAUAGUCAUGCCCAAAUGUCUAAAAGAGCCAAAUCCUAAAGAUACAAGGCCAAUAAGGCUAAAGCUUACAAGCUUUUAAGCUUGUUCAUAAUGAGUAACUAUUGGCCUAACAAGCUCCGUCUGGCUGUGGUUAACAUUGCAGCUACAGAUAUGAGGAAGACUGCGGGGCAGUGAAACAACAUCCACAUAUUAUCACCUUAUAACGCUGAUAUGGUUAACAAGAUAGCAAACUCACUAUUCACAUCCAGGAGACACUAAAAAACUUUUGCGUUUAUUUUUAAGUCAUGUUUGUAUCCAGCAGAUGAAGUCCAACAUUCACUUUCCGUUCACUGUUUUGGUCUCUACCAUCUCCUGAAGAAAAUGCUUGAUGCUGAUGAGGUUACCGACUUAAAUAUCAAUACAUGUUACCAAAUGACCGUCCAUUUUUUCAGUACUCUGGAGUACUGCAGUGUAACAGUCGGAACCAUAAAUGUACUGAUAUACAACCCUACGUGGAUGAUAGGAAGUCAGUCUAAAAGCUGAUGUCAUGCCCUGGAGAAUGUCCGGCAAUAAAGUGUAUCUGAUCUUAAAUAAAUAGGCCACAUCAAGCAAAACCGCUUUAAGAUCCACAGUUAAAACCUGAAUCCAAGAAUGUGAAACAUGCUGCAGGCUGAAUCUGAAAAGCAAAUACAACCAUCAAAUGCGCUUUAUUGUUGCCUUUAAUUGUUUAUGCUUCUGAUUAUUACACGUGGACAAAAUGCCACUUGCCCACUUGAAUAUUUUGAAUACAGGUGUGAUAAACAAUGAAGUUUAUUUCUGUAAAUACAGUAUUUAAAUAUUGUACAGAUUUUUAGCAUUGUUUCAGCAGCUUUAGAGCCAACGGUGUGUGUGUGUGUGUGUGUGUGUGUGUGUGUGUGCGUGUGUGUGCGUGUCUGGGAGCGUGCAUGCAUGCCUGUGUGUGUGUGUGUGUGCAUGUGUGCUUUCACAUGGACAUCCUCAACAGUGUUUUCUCACUAGCCAUAGCAUGAGAGGCGAGGCAGGUUUGACUGCUGUCUUCCUUCAAAGUGAGAGAUUGUAUGUGUCACCUGUUACUCUUUUUUCUUUUCUUUUUUUUUUUUUGCAAUCAUAAAAGAAACUUGAAUACCUCCGUCCUUAAAAAACUGUUUGUUUUGAAGUGGUCGCAGUAUCUGAAUGUGUCCAGCCCCCUUUUCCAUCCCGCCUGUUCUGUAGGGAUUUCAUAAUGAUUUCUUACAGAUACAUUUACAUACAUAAGGAAUAUUGAGACAAUGUGUUCAUCCUACUGCAGAGAACUUGAGCCAUUGAAUGCAUCAGAAAUUGUUGUUUGUGUGUUAAAGACUGAGACAUAGUCAGCAAUAAUCAUUCAAGUAAAGAGCCACCUUUCCAGAUGAUUAUGACAGGUUGACGUUCUAUAGUCUUAAUUAACAGAGUGCCUAGAAUGAAUAAAAUGUGAUGUCACCUAUCCCGUCAGAACAUGCAGUGCAUUCCUAGGCCCUCCUAACUAUAUACGUACCUUCAUAUGUGUACUGAAAGAGUGAAUUCAGGAGUAAGCGCUGAGCAUUGCGCGGAUUCAUUUCCACAGCUAAUGUUGAACAUGUUCAACAAAACUUCACAGGUUCACUUAAAGGGGCAUUACCAUGAGAUAAUCAGCCCUGGUAGGCAAGCAGGAGAAACUGCAACAACUUUGGUAGAAGAAAUCUCUCGUCCUCCAUCCAGCUGGUGGAUGUACUGACCACAUCGUGCACUGGGCACGUUUGGGUUUUGCUCACUUAAUCCCUUGAGAAAUGCUCAGUUGGUGUUACUUCUCAUUUAACAGCAGUUGUACAGAACUGGAAGGUGCGGCAGCAGAUAUGAUAGCUGUGGGCUCUGUUCCUUCAACACUGUCAAUCAGCACUGUAAAAGCAGUUUGCUAUAGUUCAACAGUGGAAAUUCUUGUGUGAAGGUCACAGUGUACUUCAAAAAAGCUCUGUCCCAGAACUCUAUGUCUUGUUGUUGUUGGUCUUUGUAGUGUCAAUGCAGUGCAAUAAUUGUACUGUCAGGGAACAGUCUUGGCUGACCGUCCCUCCCAGAAGUCCUUCAUGGUGUGACCGAAAUAGUUGCAACGCUAUUAAACACUGUGUAAAGUGGGCAUGAUUGUCGGAUUUUCUGUUUCGAAAAAAAAAAUGCUUUUAGACAAUCCGACAAGCGCUUAGUUUUAAGCAUACUGAGGCCGUCAGAGUUCACCAAAGUUGAAUUCAGCGCAAAAGCACUGCGCAGAUGUACUUUGCCUCCAUGAGUGACUGCACUGAUUCCAUAAAAAUGUUGCUGUCGUCAGUGCUGGCGUGACCCAGCCGAUACACCUGCGUCAGGGCAUCCUGCUGUGGCCCUUACAGUGGGAUACUUCCAGUUCAUCCUAACAAAACUCAACAAGGCAGAUGUUGUUUACAAGACUUUCCACAAGUCUCUAAGCUAGCUGAUUAGCGUGAAGCUAGACAUGAAACGUCCUUCACAGAAGCAGCACGUCAGAGCGUUGAUACUGGAAGAACAAUAAACCUUCUGUAAGUCAUUAGCUUGUUUGGCUCCAAAAAAAAAAAAAAAAGGCCAAGUAAUUGUAGAGUCAUUGGUGUUGAUCAACAACCCUCACAGGCAUAUUAGGAAUUUUGUGCUGUAGUGUUUCCAGGAUCUUGAUACGUUAAUAAUAAGAUCUUGCAGCCAGUUUUUAAAGCCAUUUUCUUCUUUAUUUGAACUGUGAAUCAAGGCUCGCCUCGCUUUUCAGUGUCAGUGUACAAAGUCGCACAAGUUGCUGUCUUCGGCACUCUUUCUGCAAUGCAUGUUUCGCAUGUGUCACAUAGGAAUGACUAAACAAGAGCAAGCAACAAACAGCAAGCUGAUUGCCAUUGCUAAUACACAAAGUCAAGGUUUGCCACAAACGACGGAGAUGAGGAAGAUGAUGGUAGUGUUUUCUGGAAUAAACUGUGUGCUCCGCAGCCUUUGGCUGGGCGGUGUGUACUACCCUGCUGCUUUCUGAGCUGACGGACUUGAUAUAAAUGCUUGUAACUGAUGGCAGCUCAUAACUACCACAGCAGGGCGGCACUUCACAUACUUUACUGAUAACUGACCUAAUAACCUUUUAUUCCCGCUACACACUUCUGUACUCACAAAGGAUGGAUAUCAAAUGGAAGAAUUUACUAACACCAUGUUUCUGUUGUUUCCUUGGUUAGAUUAGGCUAAUUAAAAUGUAUUUUGUGCAGCCUUGAGUAUUAUGUGAUGCACAGGAUGCUGUUAUGUAGCAGCUUUAUACUUAAAGCAAUGAUAAAACUAUAUGAAGACAUGUUUAGCUGACAUAUUUUCGGCGUGAGGCAGCAUUUGAUCAGAUUUAUGGUCAUUCGGUGGGGUUGAUUUGAUCGUCUAGCAAGCUUGCAUCUUGUACAAGUACCUGCUUAACAAUAUCUAAAGUAUACAAUAAUUAAGAAACUUUUACAGCUAAAAUGAUUGAGCUUGUAGUUAGGAUAAUAUCAGCAACACAACGUACACUUUGUUCUUUUAGUUCAUUAUUGAUGAUGCAAAGGAGUUUUGUUAAUGUUUUUUUUUUAUAUUGAGUUAAUUAAACGUCUUCUCUUGCAGUUUUCACACAGUAAUGAGUGUAUUUUGAUCAA